AACCUUGAAAGAAAGGACAAGCGUGACAUACCAUUCUGAUAAAAUCUCCUCUUUUCUUUCUUUAUCUCUCUCCCUCUCUUUUUUUUAUUUAUAGAGGACCGAGUCUUUCACUCUAUUCUCUCCUUGAUUGACUCUUCCACACCCCCAUUUCUGCUGCACAAAACCAGAGGGGAAAGAAAAAAAAAAAAAAAAAAAAGAGAGAAUAUUAUUGAGGAAGAAAAUGGGGAAAAAGACUAGUCUUAAUCCUCUCACUUUUCUUUUCUGCUUUGUUGUUUCCGUAUAAUGACCAGCCUACAUUUGCCUCUUCUUCUUGGAAGAAGAUGGAUGCCGGUUGGCCAUUAACGUCGUUAGAUGCUCUUUACUGCGAGGAAGAACGAUGCGGGGAGGUUUUGGACUGGGACAGUGAAGGGUCCGAGGUUUCUGAGAUUACGAGGAAGGAGGAUUCCCCUGCUUUGUUCUUGUUGGAUCAGGAUUUGUUGUGGGAAGACGAUGAGCUUCUCGCCCUUUUCUCUAAAGAAUUAGAGACCCGUUUGAUGUUCGAGGCGUCUCUGUCGCUUCCUCGUACCCAGGCUGUCCGGUGGAUCCUUAAGGUGAAUGCCCAUUACGGAUUCUCACCGUUAACUUCCAUCCUCGCCGUUAACUAUCUCGACAGGUUCCUCUCCGGCAUCGAGUACCAGGAAGACAAGCCAUGGAUGAUUCAACUUGCCGCCGUCGCCUGCGUUUCCUUGGCUGCAAAAGUCGAGGAAACCCAUGUUCCCCUGCUUCUCGACUUUCAAGUGGAGGAUGCUGAGUUCGUGUUCGACGCCAAAACCAUACAGAAAAUGGAGCUCCUCGUGCUGUCCACCCUGAAAUGGCGGAUGAAUCCGGUGACGCCGCUAUCGUUUCUCGAUCACAUCACGCGCCGCCUCGGGCUCAAGAACCAUCUCCACUGGGAAUUCUUCACCAAAUGCGAAAGCCUCAUUCUGUCUUUCAUGCCUGAUUCAAGAUUCGUACGUUUUCUGCCGUCUGUGCUGGCCACUGCCACCAUGCUUCACGUUAUUCAUCAACUUGAACCCAGCAACGCAGUUGACCACCAAAACCAGCUUCUGGGUGUUCUCAAAAUCAAUAAGGAGAAAGUGAAUGAUUGUUACGAGCUGAUCAAAGAGGUGUCAAGCACUGCUUCAAACAAGCGGAGUUACAAUCCGAGCAGCCCCAGCGCGGUGGUUGACGCGGUGUUGAGCUGCGGCGAAAGCUCCAACGAUUCGUGGGGAUCGGAGACGCCGGCGCCGGAGCACCGCCGGCCGCUCUACAAGAGACGGAGAGUUGAGGAGCAGCAGAUGAGGCUGCCGCCAUUGAUGACCAGAGUGUUCGUGGACGCCGUUGCCAGCCCGCGUUAAAGCCAAAGUUUAAGCUCUCCUCAAUUUUAAUUUUGUUAUUAUAUAUUAUUAUUAUGUCGCGAUGGUGAUGGGCUCGGUGGUCGGAGAAAAGGAGGCGGUUGCGCCGCCGCACCGCCGCGGUGGUUAUUUUUCCCUCUUACCUCUUACCACCCUGCCUGGCCUACCUCAAGUCCCUUUCAUGCAUCCUCUUUCUGGACAUAUUUUUAUAUUAUUAUUACCGUUUACUAUUGUUAUGAUAAAAAUAAUUUUAAAAAAUGUUAUUUAAUU